AUGGUGCCUAAACAGUGUCACUCUCGGCUUAAACGUUUCGGUAUUAACCACCCAGAGAAGUGGUCUAACAUCUCUUUAAAUCAGGACAGAGUUAGAGGUCGUGUACCGAGUCUGACAGCUGUGAACACAUCACCGUGGUGUAUCAUCACUACUCCUCCCUUCAGGAGCUGUGAGAGACGAGCUGGACCGAGGACUGGGCAUCUUUCUGCAGUGACACAGACAAGAGAGCUGAGUACCUCCAUUAAAACCUUCCAGUAUCUGAAUCCAUAUGUACCAAAGACUGAAGGCACCAAGCUGCUUUUUGAUACGCAUGCGGUGGUGCGACUCUUUGAGGAAAAUGGCUUCACAACUCAGCAAGCUGAGGUGAUGGUUAAAGUGCUGGUGAGGAUGACAAGCUCCAACAUGGAUGUCAUCUAUAAUGACAUGGUGACCAAAGUGCAGCAGGAGAUCAUGUUGCAGCGUGUGAUGUCUCAAAUAGCAUCUGUAAAGAAGGACAUGAUCAUCCUUGAGAAGAGCGAGUUCACUUCUUUACUUGCAGAAAAUGAGAAAGUCAAGAUCCACUUAUUGCAGCUGAAGGUCCAGCUCGCUGAUGUCAUGAAUAAAGUGCGCUCGGACACUAUUAUGGACAUGAAUUUGGAGAAAAGUCGUGCAAAAGAAUUGAAAGUAGAGCAUGAGAAAAUGCUUCUGGAAACGCGAACUGAGAUUAUGGAAAUGACUGCAGAGCAAGAUCGUCAUUUAACUCAGACCAACAUGAAAAUAGACACUGAAGUGGCUGGUUUGAGAACCAUGUUAGAGUCUCAUAAACUGGACACUAUAAAAUACCUUGCAGGUUCAGUGUUCACCUGUCUCACUGUGGUCUUGGGUUUCUAUCGUAUUUGGAUGUAAGCAGGACUAUGGUUAUGAUUUUCAUUUAACUUCUGGAAACACUUGAACUUUCAAAGCAUUCUCUGAAUCUAACAACAGUUUGUAUUCAUUGCUGGGGGAAAUUUUGACUGUUAGAUUAUUUACCCCGCUCGGGGCCAGUAAUGUUUUAGCUGCCAAUGGUUAUUUUUUGGCUGCCGGAACGUAGUUGAUAAAUAUACCUUUUAAAAGUUUUGGACGGUCCAAUUUUAUUCAGAUGAGAAUUUAUUGUCGCCUUAAGAAACUCUCCAUUCAAAAAAUGUUGUGCAGACAAUUAAAUACUGACCUCUUAUUCAGAUAAGUUUGUUUGAAACUGAAGUUAAACUUUUUAAAAGUGUGAUGUAUUUAUUUUGUAUAUGUAUAUAUGAAGCUGUAGAAGAAGAUCAGUUGAAGGAGGAGUCAGUGUGACUCUUAACCACUUAGCUAUAUUAUCACAGAUAUUUAACUUGAAUCUAUCGUUCUGCUUUGUGGUCUCAGAAAUGUUUUAACAUGAUUGAUUAACUGUUAUUUGAAUAAAAUGAAUUGUCAAUAAAUCUAAACUUUGUGCAAACAAA